CAAAGUUGGUUACAAAUCACACUGGCUUUGCCCGAAGGUCGCCCCCCCCUCCAACCCCUCCCACUCUUCUUUAGCAUGCUGCCCAUGGGGACAGUGACCACUGCUGUCAGCGCGGUAGGUCGGGGUGGUCCGGUGGCGAACGAGAAGCUGUAAGUCCUACGGUGACCAUGGUACCUGUUGAAAACACAGAGGGCCCCAAUCUGCUGAACCAGAAGGGCAGAGAGGCGGAGACCGAAGGCAGCUGUGGAGCCAGCGGCGGCCGGCAUCCUGCCUGCGCGGGAGGUCCCAGCAUGUUUACGUUCCUGACAUCUGUUACUGCGGCCAUCAGCGGCCUCCUGGUGGGUUAUGAACUUGGGCUCAUCUCUGGAGCUCUUCUGCAGAUCAGAACGCUAUUAGCCCUGACCUGCCAUGAGCAGGAAAUGGUUGUGAGUUCCCUCCUCAUCGGGGCAUUCCUCGCCUCUCUCACAGGAGGCGUGCUGAUUGACAGGUACGGAAGAAGGCUCACUAUAAUCCUGUCAUCCUGCCUCCUAGGACUCGGAAGCUUGGUCUUGAUAAUGAGUCUGUCCUACACACUCCUUAUAAUGGGGCGAGUGGCCAUAGGGGUUUCCAUCUCCCUGUCUUCCAUUGCCACGUGUGUGUACAUUGCAGAAAUUGCUCCCCAACACAGAAGAGGACUUCUUGUGUCGCUGAACGAGCUGAUGAUUGUCAUUGGUAUUCUCUUUGCCUAUAUUUCAAAUUAUGCAUUUGCCAACAUCUCCAAUGGUUGGAAGUACAUGUUUGGCCUUGUGAUUCCCCUGGGGGUUCUGCAAGCAAUAGCAAUGUACUUUCUUCCCCCAAGUCCUCGUUUCCUGGUGAUGAAGGGGCAAGAGGAGUCUGCAGGCAAAGUCCUCAGGAAGUUAAGAGCGAUCUCAGACACCACUGAAGAGCUCACUUUGAUCAAAUCUUCCUUGAAAGAUGAGUAUCAGUACAGUUUUUGGGAUCUGUUUCGCUCCAAGGACAACAUGAGGACCAGAAUCCUGAUAGGUCUGACACUGGUAUUUUUUGUCCAGACCACUGGGCAGCCAAACAUACUAUUCUAUGCAUCAACUGUCUUGAAGUCUGUUGGCUUCCAGAGCAACGAGGCCGCUAGCCUUGCCUCCACUGGGGUGGGAGUGGUCAAGGUGGUGAGCACUAUCCCAGCAACCCUCCUCGUGGACCACAUUGGCAGCAAAACCUUCCUCUGCAUUGGCUCCUCUGUGAUGUCGGCUUCACUAUUGACCAUGGGCAUUGUGAACCUCAACAUCAUCAUGAACAUCACCAACAUCUGCAGAAGCCAUAGUCCUCUUAACCAGUCCCUGGAGGAAUUUGUGUUCUAUGCAACAGGGAACCUGUCCAUUAGCAACAGCAGUGUCAGGGAGCACUUUAAAAGAAUCACUCCCUACAGCAAGGGCUCAUUUAUGCCCAUGGGGAAUGGCAUGGAGCCAAAAGGGGAGAUAACCUUCACGUCGUCUUUACCAAAUGCUGGGCUGAGCCGAACUGAACACCAGGGAAUCACAGAUCCUGCAGUGGUCCCGGCCACCUACAAAUGGCUGUCCCUGGCCAGCUUGCUUGUUUAUGUGGCUGCGUUUUCAAUUGGUCUGGGACCCAUGCCUUGGUUGGUGCUUAGUGAGAUCUUUCCCGGUGGAAUUAGAGGCCGCGCCAUGGCCCUGACUUCUAGCAUGAACUGGGGCGUCAACCUUCUCAUCUCUUUGACAUUUCUGACGGUGACCGAUCUUAUUGGCUUGCCGUGGGUAUGCUUCAUAUACACAAUCAUGAGUCUGGCAUCUCUGGCUUUUGUUGUUCUGUUUAUACCUGAGACUAAGGGAUGCUCUUUGGAACAAAUAUCAGUGGAGCUGGCAAAGGCGAACUAUGUGAAAAACAACAUUUGUCUUUUGAGUCACCACCAGGAAGAAUUAGUGCCAACACAGCUUCAAAAACGAAAGCCCCAAGAGCAGCUCUCCGAGUGUAACCACCUGUGUGGAAGGGGACAGUCACAGCGGCCCUCGCCAGACACCUAAGGGCCUCCAAUCCCUACAUGUGGCACAGUGGCAGGACUUACAAGGGUCUCUGCCAUGUUCUCUCCUCACUGUCAUGGAGAAGUUUUACAGGGACACCCUGAAAUUAGAAAGACCACCAUUAAUUCCUCUUCCCCCAAACAGACUUUUGCCAAAAGGUACAAGAGGCACACCAAUGCCCUGAUGUAUCAGGUCAAGCAAAGCCAUACUGUCAGGUUCAAUGCCUUCAACUUUUUCUCUAGUUCAGCUUUUGAAAAGACUAUAUUCUAGUGAUGAGGCCUGGCUCUGCCUCAAGCUGUGUAUGUAGGAUACCACUCACGGCUUGGUACUCAAGACAGUCGUGUUCUGGGCAGGCACUUACCACAUGUGCCUCUGAAGACACCGUGUGGAUGAUUUCAUUGCAUCUACGUUGUAGAUUAGGAUGAUGUCCUGAAUAAGACAUUCAAGUCCACCAGUACAAAGAUUAUGCAGCUUAUACAUCACACAUAAUGAGAUACUAGUCAAUCAGAAUACUCUUUUGUAAGUUUUAUGUCAAUUUUUAAAACUCUAAGAUUUUUCCAUCUUUUUAAAAAAAUGAUUAGAAAGAUCAAACUGAAAAUUCCUGGGACCAUAUUUAUUUAGAAAUAGCUGUUAGUAAAUAUUAGACAAGGAGUCUGGACAUAAUAUUUAUCCAGCUCUCUAAGCAGUUAGUUUUAAAUUAUACAGUCAAAUCUCCAAGAGUUGUCUCCUGGGAAGGCUUUCGCGGUAACCUGUCGCAGCCCACAGCUUCCGGCUGUUCUUCCCUUCCCUCAGGAAUCACUUUACCUCAGGCCCCAGCAGGCGGCUCUCACUGCUCGCCUUCCGAUGGAUUCAGACAGAGGAAUGACAUUUGACAUCAGGGCAGGUACCUUCCUUCCUGUGAUGAGCAGUGAUGGCGAGCCACACCAGCAAGGUGGCUUUUACCCGCGUGAUGCGCUUCUCUGGCCUCUAUUUUUUUUUCCCAUUUGAAUUUUAAGAUUUGACAAAGCAUUUCACUAAGAGAAUUUGCAUAUGAUAGAAAAAUAAAUCUGUGAUGGAAAAAAAAAAAAAGAGACCAGACCCCUUAAUUUGGGUUUUUCUUCCUUUUCACCACCAAAUGGUCCCAGUCUGACCUGACGAGGUGUGUGCCCACCACAUGCCCUGGGAGCAAAGACAGAGACAAUGAGUACAAGCAGAGGCAAAAGCGCAGAGCCUGGGCCUUGGGCGCACAACAGGAGGCCUGGUUCUCAAAUGCAGCCUCAAUUAACCAAGAGGAUGCAUGCGAGGAAGGGCCAUUUAAACCCUAAUUACAUCCCAGUCUAUCUCCCAACCAGGAAGAACGUGCACUGGCUUCUUGGUUGAGGGAAGAGGGGUGAGCUGUGUUUCGCGGGGCUCCAUUUCAAACUUACCACGCGUCUCUGCAGUUUCGGGCCACACUUUAAAAAAUACUCAAGGCAGGUUAUCAAUGCAAGCUUUGGUUCUUUUUUCCCCCCUUCCAAGUUCUCAGAUUAAGAUAUUUUAAAAACUGUUAAAUGAUUCAGUUUUGCACAUACAUGGACACACACACACUUGGCUAUUUUGUUUGUGCAUUCUUUGUGAACGGGCAAAAAGUAAUAAGGAAAUGUAGCUUAUUACUAAUGACUUCAAUGAAGCACUGGAAGCUUCUACUGCUCUCUCAUCACCAAGACACCUGUGGUUUCACCAUAACCUUUGACCCAGUAUUAGCCCCACGCCACUCCCAGCACAUGAAGCCUGUGGUUUUCAAAAAUAAAAAGGGGGAAUACUUAAAACUUGGAUGUAUAUAUUCACAGUUUUUAUUUAUAUAAAAAAUGUUACAGUACUUGUAGAAAACCAGACGACGCAAGACCCACUCACUCCUUCCCAGCACUGUCAAGUGGACCGCGCAGGAAGCUGCCCGACGGUGGCCUCACAGGCGGCCAUGCUCACUCCUCGCUCCUCAGACACUUCCUUCCCCAGAGCUCCAACUCUGCCUGGCUUUCAGGUCACUGAACACUGAAAAUGUUACAGCGAUUGGAUCUGCACUUUCCCUACCCGAGUUUCUGCCUCACAUACAUGUUUCUGAACACUGCAAACCAGGAGAGUUCACCGUUAAAACAAAUGGUAAACCCUCACGGUUUUAACGCCGUCUACCUCUGUUUUUUUGUUUGUUUGUUU